AUGGCCAAAGCCAAGACAGUGUCGAUCCGACUCAUCCAAUUUCAACGAGAAAGCAUCGCCGUGUAAGUACAAUAUUCUUUAUUCACUCCGCUUUAUUCAUUCACACAUUCUGUAUAGUCAACUCAGUAAACUCACAAACAUGCCCUUCUCAUUUGGAUAGGUUGUAAGAGAACUACUAAAAGAAAAUGUUGCCAAAACCAGUGAGGCCGAAGCUAGUACCUCAACAACAUCCACUACUGAUGAGCCUGGCUUGGUUGAUGAUCAAACGGUGACAUCUGACAGCCUUUAUCCCGUCCAACAACCUUUAUCUGUAAGUUGAACGAUUCAAAUUUGCAAAUUUACCAUUAGAAAUAUGUUUGCUGAAAAUAUAUCACAAAUUUUUCAAUUAUUAUUUUCUAGACUGAAGAGGCUUCCUGCCAAACACCAGAGUGUUUGGGUUGUAAGAAAUUGAAAAGCCAAAACUGCCAACUCUGCAAUAAGAUUAUUGGUCUUAACUAAAAAUCCAAGUCAAGGAGGCUGCAAUACAAAAACAAAAAGGUGAGAAUACCUCAACAUCAAAAGCACAACAAUUAUCAUUGAACUAGACACAAAUAGUUCUAGGGGUGAGGUUUUUCAGGAGGUGCAUUAUUCUAUCACUACAAAGUGCUGUGCACAGUCUUUCAAAGUGUAAUGUUAUAUUAGUGCUCUAUACUAUAGAUAGCAUCUUCUACUACAGAGAGUAUAGAUGAGAGUAUGGCCAAAGUAGCUGCUAUGGAGGAGAAAUUAGAAGACGAAACCUUUGUAAGCAGUGAUGAAGAAAUGGACAUUGAAGAGGAGCCUGACUAUUCAGAAGUUUCUUCUCCUGAACCUAGCUUGGCUUCUGGUACUGAAUCUGCUCCAGAAGCAGAUUUGUCAGAAUCAGACUUGUCUUCAGAUGAUGAAGAACCACAAGUUAUAAAGUAAGUUUAACCUGUUAAAUGGCAGCACUCCUCCCUAGCUUGAAAAGCAAAAUCAUCUGGCGUUAGACAGAGUUAAAAAAUAAAGUAGGGCACAUCAGUGUACAUACAGUACAUCAAGGCUUUCCAUCAGGGCAUUAAAGUUUUUAAAAUUUUCUAUGGGCAGUUCCUGCAGUAAAUUGUACACAUACUGUAAUAAAAUGUUAACAUAUUAAUAAAAAUAUGUCAAGUACUGUAGCUAGGAGUAUCUGUUAUGGGAAUGUAAAAUCUAUCCCAUGAAGAUCACAAACUUAAUCAUCUCCUCCCGCCAAGGAAAAGUUAAGUAGCUAG